AUGCCCAAUUAUUCAUCCUCCCAUUUUUACAUUCCGGAUCUAUGGUAUUCUUCAUCACAAAUAACGGCUCAUUUCACUAACCCUUUACUUAUGAUCUGCUCUGGCUCCAGCUUUGAUCUUCUAAGACUUCUAGUAGCUUUAUUUCUGCCUUGGGGAGUCUGGAUUAUGUUAACGGCCACCAAACGCAUUGCUCAGAAUAUCUGGUCACCUAUUCCAGGGCCGAACCUUGCCAAGUUCAGCAACUUAUGGAUCCAGUAUAAUGUUCUGAGAGGUGUAGACUCUGGUCGGGUUUGGGAGACUAUCCAUAAACUACACCUAAAAUAUGGGCCCGUUGUCAGGAUAGCGCCGAAUAGUGUAUCGGUUUGUCAUCCAGAUGCGUUGCGGACAAUUUACCAUGGCCCACGCGGGUUGAAUGGGGGUGUCUUACUAUCAACUCUGCGCCAAUAUAACUCCGAAAACCUAGUCAGCACACUCAAUAGUGAUCUUCACUUUUCUCGGCGAAGACAUGUUUUCGGCUUGUAUUCUGCCUCGGUUGUCGCAGGGUCAGCCCACCAAGCAAUUUUCAGGACAUACAUUAACCAAUUCAUGGAAAGGAUCGAGAAUGAAACCUCCAGCUCACCGUCUAGGGUGACAAACGGGUUGGAAUGGAUAACAUGGCUCACUGGUGAUAUCAUGAUUCGCUUGGUAUAUGGGAAUGAACACAACAUUAGACUCCUGGCAGAUAAAGGGUCAAGAGACAUAAUGUCCGAACUUGUUCCUAGAACAAGUGCAUCUAACACUACCGCAUUAGAGGCAAUAGCAACGCUAUACCCAAGGGCUAUUUCACGAAUUCGUGCUUUUUUUCCUGAGAAAUCAGCGAUGGCAGAGUUUGGAAUGAGACAGGUAGAGGCCGCUCUAUCGAACAAAGCCAAACAAAAGGCAAGUGAAACAAAUGGAUCGCCCACCACACAUCUUAGUCGUCUUGUGGGACUUUUCCAUAGUGAAGGGCCUAGUCCUGAAAUACCCGACCAAAGAUAUAUUGCUAGCGAUUGCUUGGAUCAUUUCAUUGCUGGUACUCGGACGACGAACGAUUUUCUUGGUGCUAUGCUUUGGCGGCUCUCCCACCCUGAAAAUGAAGCUAGUCAAGAAAAACUCCGUCAGGAGCUUCAUGAGGCGGGCAUCAAGCCUGGGGAACAUCCAGACCUCUCGACCCUGCAAAAGCUUUCGUACUUAAACUGUGUCCUCAAAGAGACACUACGCACAAACCCACCAAUUCCGAUACAGCUGCCAAGAGUAGUGAAAGACGAUGAAGCCCUAACUGUGAUGGGAUUCAUGAUAGAACCCGGAGUAUGUCAUGAUCAUUCAAUUCAUACUCACGGUCUCUCAAACAUAGCUAACAUUGACGCUCUACAGACCAAUAUCGCAUCUCAAUCAUACACUCUUCACCAAGACCCUAACCCGUACCCAGACCCGGAGAAGUGGAAGCCAGAGAGAUGGGAAAUCUCCCCAAAAUCUGACGAAUACCGCCAGAUGCAGCGUUCAUUUUGGCCUUUCGGCUCUGGAGCGAGGAUGUGUACUGGAAUGAAGUAA